UCUCUUAUCGAAGGUGUGAUUCAGUACGCGUUACAGUAGACUACAGUAUAGUUAAUUGUGAAUCGACUCUUGCUGUUCCAUCUUUCUUUUUUGACUGUAUCGAUAUUUUCAUAGAGAAAUGUAUUCAAAAAAGUUUUUGUGCUACCUAGCUAUCGGUUUACUUCUCAUGGGCAUAUUCUUGGAAGAGGUAGAAGCGAGGCGCAAAAUUCUGAGAGGACGAAAGACAAUAACCAGACGUUAUUACAGAGGUACGGCUAUACCUGCUUGGGCCAUUGUUGUUUUAACAGGUUUUAGUAUGUUACUGCUCGGCGGUGGACUUUACGCAGUAUUACAAAAAUUUGUGAUCGAUGCCGCCGACACCGGAGAAACUCACACCUAUCAACCUGCGUUGCAGCUGGAAAGUUAGGAGAAUUUUAAAUAAGAAGAAAGUUUUUAAGAAUUAACUUCCAAUCAACAAGUUCGUCGAAAGAAAAAAAAUCCUUACCUUUUUAUAUAUAUCCAACAUUAUAUAAAUUAUUGUAACAUAGUAUUUUAUAGAUGUUUUUUUUUUAUAGAAUGACAUUUUUAUUUUAUUAUUUUUGAAAUAAUUAUAUUCUGAUUUGUUAGAAUUAUUCUCUUAGUAAACAAUAUAAAAAUGUUUGACAUCUAUGCAUUGUCCAUGUUUAUAUUAAUGUCCAAAUGUUUAUUAUAUAUAUUUAUGUUACGUCUUCUUACGCGAGAGAAAUCGCGCUUAGGUUUUGAUCCAAUUUUUUGAUUUAAGUAGAUAUUCUAUAUCACUUUUCUUGCAUUGACUUUUCAGAUUUGCGUGAUUAUGAUAUGCAGAUAAAAAAAAUGAUAUAAGGAUUCGAUUGCAAUGUGAAAUUCGUUGUUCAAUCCAAAUUUUCGAUUUCACAGAUAAGAUAAGUUAAUUUGAAGUUAAAUAAAUUUUUUAAGAAAGGAAAUAGGAAAAAAAUAAGAUCGGCCGAACAAAAUCUCUAUGUGGCUUUUUUUAAGAUAAUAUUUGCGUGCAAUAUGUUUAUCGUAAAUCUUAAAAAAGGUAUAAAUUAUAUUUUUUUUUUUAAUUUCGAAUUAAAUUCGUUACGUUAUGCAAUAUAUUUUUUACUAUUUAGGACAAACGUUGCGUGCGCAACGUUUCUCAAACUCUUUCGUAGAGUCCUUCUGGCAAUUCUUCCCCCCAUAUAAAAUUUGAUGAAACAGCAAUACACUUUUGUACGUGUGUGUGUUUUUUAUCAAAUUAUAAUAUUUUCUCUUGUUUUUUAUCGCAAAAUCUCAAUCUAGGAAUGGCUACAAUCCUUGAAUGAACACGUGUGCAUAUGCAAUGAUAGAGCAAUGAAUGAAUGAAAUAACGCCAAAGAGUCAUGUAUAUAUAGGUUUCAACUAUGUACUAUUAUUUUUAAUUCAAUCAUUUGUCCCGUCGUCUAAUUCGGGGUAAGUACAUAAAAAUCCCUUAAAACCUCGAGAACUUUGGGCUCCGAAGUUUUAUAUAGCAGCGCUCAUUUGUCGACUUUGUAUGGCAUCCUUCUUUGUCUUUUCUUUUUUUUUUUUUUUUUAAAUUAUUUUCUCUUAUAUAAGAAAACGUCACGCAUGCUGACGCGCACCAACGACGCAUCGGUAAUUUAUUAAUGCGUCGCGAGCGAAUCAUCAUCGAUCGGUCAUUAUCCGUCGUUCGCUCCACUUGUAAAUUACCCGACAGACAGAUAAUUCUGAAUGCGCGAUUAUCAAAGUCGAUACAUGACGCGCGUGCGAUGGAAAUGGCCUUUGCUCGACAAAAUAUACAGAAAUUAACACUGUCUUUCACAAGAGUUAACAUUGAGAAAAAUAACUUCUUUCUACGCGAUUAUUUCAAUAGCAUUUCCUUUUUUUUUCUGCAUUACUGUAUUAGGAUAUCCUUACAUAAAUAUCCUCCAUGAAGUCAGUUUGUUUAUUUAUAUAAUAGGCGGGGGAGGUUUGAGGGGGAGGAAGGAGACGGAAAAAUUCGCACGAAGCUCGAGCUGUGAUAACGAAACCUUUGGUUUUUUCUUUCUUUCUUUUUUUUUUUUUUACGAUCUUUAAAGAGAGUGGCUAUUACAAUGAUUAUGUUGAAAGUAGUGCUGAAAGUAGUGAAAGAUAUCUUUUUUUUUUUUAGUUUCUUAUAAAUAUUCUGUUCUCUUAUACACAGUAGUAUUUCUUUUCCUUUAACGCGGACCUGUUAUAGUUUGUACAGAGGUCCUAAAUAAGUAUAAUUCUUACAAGGUAAUAGUUAGAAUCGUUCUCUAUAUCGUGUGUGUAAUUACAAGAGUUCGUCAAUGUAUAUAUAUAUAUAUAAUAUCAUAAUUCUCCGAAAUAAAAUCGGUUUUGUCAGCGGUGACAUCGUGGAGCGCAUAGGAGUUUCUCUCUCUCUCUCACAUCAUCACACACACACGCGCGCGCGCGCACACACAUACACACAUUUUCUCUUUAUCUCAGCUUAAAAACAAUUCAACGUGGCGAGGAUUGACAAAUCGCAUCUUCGCGUGGCCGCCAAUGCGAAAUCAUUCUCGCGUAUAAAACAGCAUUGGAAAUGAUUGCAUUCGUCAAUUGCAGUAUGCAUUACACGACGCAUUGAAAUCGUGGAAAUUGAUUCAUAUAAAUAAAUGAAACUAAUAAUCAAUUUUUUAAUACUUCUCAAAUUACAAUUACACAAUUACAAGAUAAAUUUAUACAGUGCAUAAAUAAAUAUAUAUAUAACUCCAAUAUAAAAACAUUUAUUUCUCUUGUAAGAAUUAAAAUGGACAUCCACAAAUACUACGAUUAAGUAUAUAAUAAAUUAUAUUAUAUUAAGUAUACAAUAUUAAUAAAUUAAUAAAAUAAAUUUUUUUUAUAAAGAUGAGAAAUAUAUAUUAUUUUUAAAAAAAUUUAUUUUUCUGCAAAAGUAAUUGUUUGCAUAAUUUGAAGAUAUAAAUGAUUCAAUUGUGUCGUUUACGAAUGCAUUCGAACUCGCGGCUUGCAAGCACAAUUUAUGCAUUAGAUCGCUAAAUCUUGUCAAAGAUCUACGACGGAGGAGCGCUUGUAUGCAUGUAUAUAUAUCGGCAAAAGUUUCGCUCACGACAUUCUCUCGUCGUCUUUGUUAUAUUUUUACAUUGUCUAAGCCUGCUUGAUAAAUAACAAAUAAGGAAACGCUAACUUGGAACACUAUCUCAUCCUCCUUUUCUUUUUAGUAAUUACAAACUAAAUCUUAAGCUACGCGCUAAGUGAACUCGCAGAUGACUAUCAUCGAAUCGUCAACACACGUCGUGUCAUUAACACGUUGAUUCCAAGUGGGACAAGGAUGUUUUCGGGCUUGGGACAAUCGAUGAGAUUCGCGAUCCAAGGAACGCGUCGUUUUCCCUGAGUAAAAAAAACACAGGUGAUCUUUCGCUCACGGAGAUCGCGAUAACGUGAUAUUGGUAAUCAACGUGUUAACAAUAGCUAUAUAAAUAACUAUCGCUAUAUAAAUUGAAGCUACACGAACCUGAAUCUCGAGUUAUAUAUAGAGCGACUGCUCGCAUCGGUCACUUUAUCAAUCGCUAUCCUAAAUCAACGAUUAUCAUAAAAUUAUCAACAUAAUUAUAUAAUCCUUUCGAGAGGAGGAAAAAUUUAAGCAUUUCUCGACCAUCGGACUAUUGAUUCCUUAAAUACGUUAAAGCUACGUUAUUUAAUAUAUAUAACGUCGCGUGCAUGUACACAAGCAUAUACAUAUAGGGUGUCUUGAAAAUUGCGGAUUCUUCGAUGCAGUGAAAUCUUUCCAAAAGUUCGCUGGAACCUUGAUCUCUCUUUUUGAUUUGCAAUGUUAAAUAAUUUUGAUGCGAUUACGAGACUUCUAUAAAUAAAUAUCUGUUAAAAUUCAUCGGACGUUGAUUAAUCAAUAAGAUUUGUGUAUACUAUUAAGGUAUAUACAUUUCUCUCCGAAGCCUCUAAUUCAUCAAAAUCCUUUAAACUUCGACGACAAAUUCAACCGCGUAAUUAAUGAAACAACCGAUCGUUGUUCAAAUACAAGAGAUACACAAUUUUCAAGGUAUCCUACACAGAGUAACCCAUUUUAAUGAAUGCUGCAAAAUAUCUCUUAAAUUAAGCGAAGUACAGCAUACUUUAUAUACUUUGUUUACUUUGACAAGAGUAUUAUACGAAAAAAGGGUUGAUUAUUAUAAGAAAUAUUUCACUGCAUUAAUUAUAACGGGAUAUAAUAUAUGUAUGUAUAUAGACGUAAUUGUUUGUGUGUAUGUGUCUAUAUAUAUUUAUAAUCAUAUUUAUAUAUAAUCGUAUUUAUAUUUAUAUUUAUAAUCGUAUUUAUAUUUGCAAUUUGUGUUUGUAUUUAUAUAUUUAUAUUUGCAUAUUUAUAUAUAUGUUCAUUUUUUUCAUAGUUAUAUUUAUGUUCAUAUUUAUAUUUGCAUUUAUAUCCAUAUUUAUAAUUUCACUAUGUAUAUGUAAUUUACUAUAUUGUGUACAACAAUGUGUCUGGAUAAUCGUCGUUCGGGAUGGAGAGACAUUUCUUGUAUAUAUCUCUUUCGUGGAUCGUGAAAACUGAAUCGUUCAAAAAAAAAAAAAAAAUCAAUUUUUUAUGCCUUUAUCGUGAAAAUGAUAUAAAGUGUAAUCAAAAAAUGAAUGACGAUGAAUAAGCGAUUAAUUGAAAAGUCGAAAGUGAGUAAAAUGAAUGAGAAAAAUUAAAAAAAAGAAAAGAAAAAAAAAAGAGAAAGAAUCGAUUCACACUCUUGCGAAUAAUCGUGCACUUUAUUUAUCUUAAAACGCUCGAUUAAACUUUCGCAGGUUCAAAGAGAAUCCUUAUAAUAAAUCAGCAUAAUUCUUCCAUGUUUCUAUAUUUCACUUUUCAUAUAUUCAAUAUUAUUAUUAAUAUUAUCAUUAAGAGUGCCUCUCUCUCUCUCUCUCUCUCUCUUCACAUUCGGUUAAUAAUCGAUUGACACAAAUCGUGAGAAACAAAAAUUCCUUUUUUUCUUUCUUUUUUUUCUCUUUAUUAUUAACUCUUGUCUUGCACUCGGCGAAACGUAAUUGCAUAACUUCCCUAGAAUUCACCACACUUUAACCGCAAUAAAUAAUGUAUUACUCGCUUAUAUACUUAAUAAUAAGUACUUUUACAACCGGCGGACCUUUCUCGCGCGUCGCACACAAGACGAUCCCUCGCCGUACCUGCCCUCCUCCUCUUUCAAAUACACAAAAGACUCCGGAGAGGAGCUACAAACAAAUUCUCAGUAAUCGCACAGCGGAUGUAUAUAUGUCGCAUCUCUACGUGUUCGGCACAUAAAUAAUUCGCCGUCGUUCGCUUUCUUCUUUUUUUUUUUUUUU